GGGAGGUGGAGACUUGCCCAAGAGAUCUGCUGGCGUUGUGUGAGAUCGCUUCAGGCCCGCCGAAUGCCCGCUUGCUUCGUGUGUCCCGGGCAGGUGUGUGGGGCAGGUGACAGCCCCAUGAUCUACCACCAUGGAUGGAGACGGACUUUUGGAUGAAGAAAUCCAGACUGUCUACACCAGCCAGGGUCGUUUGGCUGUCGGAGGUUUCCACAAAACCUGCCCCGUUUGCUUUGGAGAAUCCGAAUGAGGGAGAUCACAGACACCUUCACUGGGAAGCCAAGGACAUUUCUGUAUAAUCAGUGGAUGAAAGGAUUUUCUCAGACUCCCCCCACCCCCUUUUCCUCGAGGAUUAAUCCACCAGCAUCUACAGAUCCUGUGGAAACUGCAAGACACGCAAUGUGGCAGAAGCCUAGAGCACCUUCAGAAUUGCUCUGGAUCCUUGCUUCAGCGUAGGGGACUUUUCACAGAUCUGCCACUCCUCCCUUCCCCCAGCUCCCUCCUUCUGAUCGCUGCUUUUUAACCAGUUCUCAUUUUCUGAGUUAAGUUCUGUUUCCAAAACUGUUCUCUGGAGCUCUAAGUGGAUUGCCAGAAAUGAGAGAUUAGGUGCCCGGAGGAGGGGAAGUGCCGUGUGCUGUGUCCUCUUGCUGCCACUGCCGCCAUGAGGUGUGUUUUCCCGGUGCUGAGCUGUCUGGCUGUGCUGGGUGUGGUGUCAGCGCAGCGGCAGGUCACCGUGCAGGAAGGGCCCUUGUUCCGCACGGAGGGCUCCCACAUCACCAUCUGGUGCAACGUGAGUGGCUACCAAGGGCCCUCCGAGCAGCAGUUCCAGUGGUCCAUUUAUCUGCCCUCCGCCCCCGAGCGCGAGGUGCAGAUCGUCAGCACCGUGGACUCUUCCUUCCCAUACGCCAUCUACACCCAGCGUGUCCGUGGUGGGAAGAUCUACGUGGAGAGGAUCCAGGGGAACUCAGCCUUGCUGCACAUCACAGACCUCCAGGCCCGGGACGUAGGGGAGUAUGAGUGCCACACGCCCAACACCGACGAGCGGUACUUCGGGAGUUACAGUGCCAAGAUGAACCUAGUGGUGAUCCCAGACUCCCUACAGACCACUGCGGUGCCCCAGACUCUACACAAAGUGGAGCAGGACCCGCUGGAGCUCACUUGCGAGGUGGUCACGGAAACAUCCCAGCACAGCCACCUGUCUGUGGCCUGGCUCCGGCAGAAAGGCGGCGAGAAGCCCGUGGAGGUCAUUUCCCUGAGCCGGGACUUCGUGCUGCAGUCCAGCAGUGAAUACGCCCAGAGGCAGAGUCUGGGGGAGGUGCGGCUGGACAAGCUGGGGAGGACCACCUUCCGCCUCACCGUCUUCCACCUGCAGCCUUCCGACCAGGGCGAGUUCUACUGCGAGGCCGCGGAGUGGAUCCAGGAUCCCGAUGGGUCGUGGUAUGCCAUGACCAGAAAGCGCUCCGAGGGUGCCGUGGUCAACAUCCAGCCCACUGACAAAGAGUUCACUGUUCGGCUGGAAACCGACAAGCGGCUGCACACGGUGGGUGAGCCAGUGGAGUUCAGAUGCAUCUUGGAGGCUCAGAACAUUCCCGACCGUUACUUUGCUGUCUCCUGGGCCUUCAACAGCUCCCUCAUUGCCAGCAUGGGGCCUAAUGCUGUGCCAGUUCUCAACAGCGAAUUUGCCCACCGAGAAGCCAAGGGACAGCUUAAAGUGUCCAAAGAGAGCGACAGUGUCUUUGUGCUGAAAAUCUACCACCUCCGCCAGGAAGACAGUGGGAAAUACAACUGUCGUGUGACGGAGCGAGAGAAAACUGUCACUGGGGAGUUCAUCGACAAGGAAAGCAAGCGCCCCAAGAACAUUCCCAUCAUUGUCCUCCCCCUCACAGAUAACUGGGUAGUUAAAGUCCCCCAGCACCACCAGAUCCUGUCCCAAGGCCACUUGGAGAGCAGCAUCUCCGUGGAGGUAGUGAGCAACGCCAGCCUCAUCCUCGAGGGCGAGGACCUGCGCUUCUCCUGCAGCGUCCGCACGGCGGGCAGGCUGCAGGGCCGCUUCUCUGUCAUCUGGCAGCUCGUGGACAGGCAGAGCCGCCGGAGCAACAUCGUGUGGCUGGACCGCGAUGGCACUGUGCAGCCAGGCUCAUCUUACUGGGAGCGCAGCAGCUUCGGGGGCAUCCAGAUGGAGCAGGUGCAGCCCAACUCCUUCAGCCUGGGCAUCUUCAACAGCAGAAAGGAGGACGAGGGCCAGUACGAGUGUCACGUGACUGAAUGGGUGCGGGCGGUGGACGGCGAGUGGCAGGUCGUGGGGGAGCGCCGCGCCAGCACUCUGGUCUCCAUCACAGCUCUAGAAACAGGCUUUGCAGUCACAGCCAUCUCCCGGACACCAGGGGUGACCUACAGCGACUCCUUUGACUUGCAGUGUAUCAUCAAGCCCCACUACCCGGCCCGCGUCCCUGUGUCGGUGACAUGGCGCUUCCAGCCAGUGGGCACUGUCGAGUUCCACGACCUGGUGACCUUCACACGGGAUGGAGGGGUCCAGUGGGGGGACAGGUCCUCCAGCUUCCGGACCCGGACCGCCAUCGAGAAGGCCGAGUCCAGCAACAACGUCCGCUUGAGCAUCAGCCGGGCCAGUGACACCGAGGCGGGCAAGUACCAGUGCGUGGCUGAGCUGUGGCGGAAGAACUACAACCACACCUGGACCCUACUGGCGGAGAGGACCUCUAACCUGCUGGAGAUUCGAGUGCUGCAGCCAGUGACCAAGCUGCAGGUGAGCAAAUCGAAGAGAACCCUCACGCUGGUGGAGAACAGGCCUAUUCAGCUGGGCUGCUCGGUCAAGUCACAGACCAGCCAGAACUCGCACUUCGCCGUGCUCUGGUACGUGCACAAGCCCUCGGACGCCGAUGGGAAGCUCAUCCUGAAAACCACGCACAGCUCGGCCUUCGAGUAUGGCACCUACGCCGAGGAGGAGGGCCUGCGGUCCCGGCUGCAGUUUGAGCGGCAUGUGACGGGGGGCCUGUUCAGCCUCACGGUCCAGAGAGCCGAGGUCAGUGACAGCGGCAGCUACUACUGCCACGUGGAGGAGUGGCUGCUCAGCCCCAACUACGCCUGGUAUAAGUUGGCAGAGGAGGUCUCGGGCCGCACAGAAGUCACCGUGAAGCAGCCAGACAGCCGCCUGAGGCUCAGCCAAGCCCAGGGCAACCUGUCCGUUCUGGAGACCCGUCAGGUGCAGCUGGAGUGUGUGGUCCUGAACCGCACCAGCGUGGCCUCGCAGCUCCUGGUGGAAUGGUUUGUGUGGAAGCCCAACCACCCAGAGCGCGAGACGGUGGCCCACCUGAGCCGCGAGGCCACCUUCCACUACGGAGAGCAGGCGGCCAAAAACCACCUGCAGGGUCGGCUGCACCUGGAGAGCCCCUCACCUGGAGUGUUCCGGCUCUUCAUCCAGAACGUGGCUGUGCAGGACAGCGGGACGUACAGCUGCCGUGUGGAGGAGUGGCUGCCCAGCCCCAGCGGCCUGUGGUACAAACGGGCGGAGGACACCGCAGGGUCAACCACAGUGACAGUCACGAGACCAGAUGCAGCCCUCCAGGUGGACACUGUGGUCCCCAAUGCCACUGUGUCUGAGAAGGCGGCCUUCCAGCUGGACUGCAGCAUCGUGUCCCGCUCCAGCCAGGACUCCCGCUUUGCUGUGGCCUGGUAUUCCCUCAGGACUAAAGCUGGAGGGAAAAGGAGCAGCCUCAACCUGGAUGAGCAAGAGGAGGAAAAGGGGGAGGAAGAGGAGGAGGAGGAAGAGGAGGAGGACUCAGCAGAGCGGACAGUCUUGCUAAGCGUGGGCCCAGAUGCUGUCUUUGGCCCGGAGGGCAGCCCCUGGGAGGGCAGGCUCCGCUUCCAGAGGCUCUCACCUCUGCUCUACCGGCUCACAGUGCUGCAGGCGAGCCCCCAAGACACGGGCAACUACUCCUGCCACGUGGAGGAGUGGCUGCCAAGCCCACAGAAGGAAUGGUACCGGCUGACGGAGGAGGAGUCUGCCCCCAUUGGCAUCCGUGUCCUGGACACAGGCUCCACCCUCCAGUCACUCAUCUGCCCCAACGACGCGCUCUUCUAUUUCGUCUUCUUCUACCCUUUCCCCAUCUUCGGCAUCCUCCUCAUCACCAUCCUGCUGGUGCGCUUCAGAAGCCGGAACUCCAGCAAGAACUCUGACGGGAAGAACGGGGUGCCCUUGUUGUGGAUCAAAGAGCCUCACCUCAACUACUCCCCCACUUGCCUGGAGCCCCCGGUGCUCAGCAUCCACCCGGGAGCCAUAGACUAACGGGGCGUCCCAGCAGGCCUUGCCAUGGAGGAGCUGAGGCUCUCCUCGCUGCCUCUCGCUCUGACUGGACAGUCGACAGCACCCAAAGGUUCCGAUGCCCGUGCGGAAAACUGUCCGGCUUGGAGAGCGCCCACAGCUCCCGGUCGUCACGGAGACAGGCUGCCUCCAGGCGGCAGUCUUGGUCGGUUAGCUCUUCGCGCCCAAAUGUCGUGAUCCUGCCGUUGUAGGUUUCUAGUUUUUGGUUUUGGUAACGUAGUGAGUAGUUCCAGGUGCCACAUCUACUCACCGAUUUAUCUAGUAUUCUCAGAUAGGUGUCAUGGGGUUCUUACUCCCAGUAACAUACCCUUUCCAAAUCCCCGUGGUUUGCCCCUAUUGGAUGCCAUCAUUGUUGUGGACGAAUUUCACCUAUAUCCAGCUGAUGGCAAGAGGAAGGAUGACUUUAGAGUAACAAAGAAUCUCUUCCAGGACUUUUUGUUUUUGCACAUUUGAAAAUGCCUCCCUUGGAUCAAAAUACACCCAAACCUUUUUUACAUUCUUAACGAGACUUGAAAAAUGUGUGUAGCGUGGGCCCAAUUUGUAUCUUAUCUUUUCCCUCAGCUGGAGUUGUUGGAACCACUUUGUAGUGAAGAUGAAAGCACUGAAUGUUGCUUCAAAGAACUGUGUAGAACUUCAUUCCCUGCAUAACCCCAUUAGGAUAGAUGGUGCCAGCCCAGCCUAUCUGUCAGGGAGGAGAAAAGGCUUCAUCCAGUCCUUGCCAAACAGUACGAAGACUGUCUUGGACAAUGGGUCAAAAGCUCCCGAGCUGACAUGGGCAGAGGGGUGCUCUUAGCAGCUACCGACUUUCUGCGUGAUGAGAGUCAGUGAUCAGAGAAGGGAGUAUGGAGAGAUUGGCGCUGGCUUCGUCUGUUCUGCAAGGGCGGCCUAACGGGCGGCUGUGAGCAGGUGGGUUUUGUCUGGAGCUGCUCUGUGCGACCCUGAGGGGAAGCGUCCAGGGCACUGAGCUGAGCAGGGGGCAGAGGCGGCCGCUGUAGAUGCCCAGUGCAGGCCGCUGGGUCACACGAGCAGGGCUUCGAGUGAGGGCUGGGCAGGGCUUCCCAGUACCUGGCAGCGGAGAGCCUGGAGGAGUGAAGUCUGUUUUUCUUGUUCCUCCCACUGAGAUUGCCCUCAGCUAUGUUGCUGUCUUCCUUAUUCGCCAUUUAUCUCUGCCCACAGCUCACUGCUGGGAAGGUCCGGAUUACUUGGUGGGCCUCUCCCUUUUCCUGGGCCCCGCAGACCCGAGCACAUGUAUCAUCUGUGGGAUUUUUUUCCCCUUCCCUUUCUUGGAUCAUGUUAUGGUUUUAGGCUGUUUGAUUGUUAUUCUUGUUUUUCAUUUCAAUGCUCCAUGGGCCAAAUUCAUUGCGCUCUUGGGCCAGAUACUUAGGUCCCCAGGCAUCACUGGUUGCCAAUACUUCCUUUGGGUCCCUUUUAUGCCCUCGCUUCCUUGUGUUUUCCUGGCCAAAUACUCCCUGUCCUGUCCCCAUAGAACCUACACCUCAAAUCCUCAGAGGGAUUUGGGAAGAGCUCCCAGGGAUUCUGGAGCCAGGUCUAAAAGAGACGCUGCCAGGAAGCUGGGGCCCCAGGACGAACAGACUCCAGAGGAGGCUGCAGCAUGCCUGUGACACACAACGGUGGAUUUGUGUCAGGUGCCUGCAGGUGCACAGGCUGCCUGCUGCUCAGUGGGUGCACAUGAGCCACAGCGCAGAGGUGACCAGGUGACUUCUGAUGUGUUUCGCCUGUCAGUCUCUCCCUGCAGAGCUCUCCCAAGAGACACGCAGGCCCUGCCACCUUAAUCGGUGUGGUGCCUGCCACACUGAUUGUCAUUUCCUGUGCUACAUCGUCGGUUUUCGAAGUACUGAAUUGGCUCAGUCGUGAAGAAAGAAUGUCCGUGGCCCCAUUUGAGGUGUGUUUUCAGUGGGAAUUUGCCGGCUCCUGAUUUUUAGGCUGAGUCAACAGAAGAUGACUGACUUGAAUGGAAAGAUGCCAGAGGGCUGGCUGGGGCUGAGACUUCACUUUGAAUUGGUUCAUAGCAGUAGGAAAGUAGGUGCUGCCCAUAAUUAAAUAUGUGAAGCAAUUACAGGAGAUUUGAAAGGAAAAAAGAAACCGAAGCCAGUAUUUUAAUAAUUGCUUUUUCUGUGUAUUUUCAUUCCGGCGGGGGGAUACCAUGAAAGGUGGAGUUUUUUGAGCUUUCUAUGAAAAACCCUAGGACCCUCUUUCCUUGGCCAUUUCUAUGGAAAUGUGGAUGAAUGGUAAUGGUGCCCUCAAGUGGCUGCGAGACCUCAUUGCAUGGGUCUACUGGAGCUUUAGUCUUCUAGAAUUCAAGUGAGGAAAACUGCCGGACACUCUUGACUUACUGCCUAUAAUAUUGCAUUUAUGAAAAACUACACUGUGCGAGACACAUCCGGGACGUGGAUAUGACCACACCCUCUUUCACUAGGGUGUUUCUGUAGCAAGUUUUCAUAUUCUUUUCAAACAAUGGUUUCUCUGCUUUAAUUGUUAAAAAAAAAAAAAAA